AUGGAGGAGAAGAUUAACUCUGAAAAGAAGAAUCUGGAGGACUGCAAGGAAGAAUUGAAGAUCAGAAAACAAGUGUUAGAACCUGAUCAGAAAAAGUUGGAGGCUUUGAGUAACCAGAUUGAAACAUUUGAGGAGAAGUUAAACGAGUGGAAAUCAGCAAAAGAAUCGUAUAAAUUGGCAGUUUAUAAAGAAUCCAAGGAGCAUUACGAAGCCUGUAAAAACAAAUGUGAAAAGUUCAAGGAAAAUAAUCCCAGUGAGAAGGUAAAAAGGUUGGAAGAAACAGUUGCCUCCCGAGAGGAGGAACUUGGCAAGUUAAAAAAGGAGAUAGACGUCCUUCUUUCAAACUCCCUGGACCAGAAGGAUAAAAUCAGGAACACUUCUGACAGUAUUUCAGCCUGUGAGGAUGGCAUUAAAGAGCUAAAAUCGUCGAUGAUGUCCUUAGAAUCGAACAUAUCUCAGGUUGAAAAUGACCUAAAAAGAUUGGGAACUGAGAAGACGAGUGAAGCGGACCGCAAGGAAUCGGAGGAACUAAAGAAGAAAUUGGAAAUCAUAAACAGUGACUAUGAAAGGCUGCAAGAUAACUAUCAGUCGUUAAUGAGUGAGCUGACGUCGUACGAGGACGACAACAACGAAAUAGAAAUUCAAAUGAAACAAGUAAACAUCGACAUGGAUGAACUGAAAAGGGACAAAGAGACAUUGAGCGCCACUGCCAAUAACAGAACUGUUCAGGCUUCGAGAAGAUUUUUAUACAAAUAUGAUCCUAAUUCGGUUAUGGAAGCCAUUAGGAAGAUGAAAUCUAAGAACUUGUUUGUCCAUGAGCCAAUAGGGCCAGUAGGUGAGUAUCUGAAGGUGGUUCCUAAGGUGUCGUCCUGGAAAGUGUUGCCGAUCAUUGAAAGGCACCUGAAGAAGUUUCUUUUAACAUGGCUCGUGUCAACGGAACAGGAUAGAGUAGCGUUGCAGAACAUAUUGAUGGACCACGGGUGUGACAUGAACAGCAUUAAGAUCACAAAAACGAAUCUGUUCACUUGCAAGACCGAUAUUGUGAGGAGGACUCAGAGGGAGUUGAGCGGAAGCCCCUUUGACUCCGUGAUGUUUAACUUUCUGUCUGUGAAGGACAUUCCGGCCGUGCUGAUGAGUAUCCUCAUUGACUCCUUUAACAUCUCGAAGACUGGCAUCUGCACUGAUGAGAGGGAGAUGGUGAGGGUGCUGAACGACGAGAAGUUGAAGGUGACUGCAGCGUACACGCUCAACAACCUGGACUUUGGGAAGAGGCUUAACGGCUCGCUCUUCAUGACGCCCUCGUACGACAAGAACCCCUACAACUACAGGUUCGUUAGGUACUCGGAUCAGGAGCAGCUCGACCUUAUUUCUGAGUCGAAACAGAGACUCAGCGAGUGCAGAGCCAGGGAGGAGAAGCUGAGGAAGUACUCGCAUGAUUUAAAUGCAAAGUUGUCAGCAAACAAAAAGAGGAUAACUGCAGUUAAGUCAAAACUGAACUCGCUCAGGUCGAAAAAGACCGAUUUGAUAACAAUUAGGACGAAAAUAGAGUCCGACUUAAACAACCAGGUGGAAAUAGAGAAGAUGUUGCAAGAUUCAUUGACUUGUAACCCCUGCUGCGUGCAGUCACUAGCUAACCGUAGUCUUAAUACUUAUGAAUUACUCUUCCAGGCUGAUUCUUUCGACGACGUUGUGAGGUAUAAACAGAAUUAUGCUGAGCAGUUAAUCUCACUUAAUGGGCAAAUGAAGGGGCACGAGGAUAAGCUCGAUUCUGUUCUGAAGGAGAAGAGCGUCCACGAGGCUACUUUGAGGGAGCAGAACGUGGUCCUCGAUGCAAUUUUGUCCGAAAUUUCCGAAAAGAGGAUGAGCUCCAACAAGUUACUGUCCAGUAUAAACUCCAGCAAGAACGAAAUCAAGGCCGUGUUGAGGGACACCAUGACCUACAACUCCACUCUCGCCGGCUACGCCAAGGACGCUGAGGAUGCUCUCAACGAGGUCAACGUUAGUUUUCUGUCGACUCACACUCUGCAGAAGCACGAAAGGGACUUGCAGGAUUCCGGAAUUGACUUUUCCGGGCCCCUGCCUCCCAAAAGGUCCCAGGAAUACUUGAAGAUCGUCAACGCCAGUCGCGAGGUGCUGAGCUCCAUCGUCGACUCUUCCCGCAAUGUCGAGGCCCACCUUGAGAACCUAAAGCUCAAGCACCGUGAGGCUCAGGAGUCCUACAGCGACAAGCUUGCUAAGCUUGCUGAGACUCAGGGCAACUACUCCAGGCAGAAGGCCAACUACACCAGCAGGAUUCGUCUUUUCGACGACUACCGUCUCAGGAUGGAGAAGCUAGCCAAGUUGGUUUUCAGGCAGACUCUUGAUGCUGUUUGUGGCUACGACGGCAGUUUAAUUUUCAACGACGUUAAGAGGUUAUAUUAUCUUCAUUUACUUUUUUUCUUCAGGACUCUUGACAUUCACAUUUUAAACAAACAGCAGUCCUAUGAUAGGGCUCAUGUUGCUCGCGACCUCAAGCUUUCCUUUUCUCCCAUUCACAUGUUCGACGAGAUAGACGUUUACAUGGAUGAAAGCACUAGGAUUAAAAAUGUCAACGCCAUUGUUCAGUUUGCUUCUAACAACAGGGAUCGUCAGUUUUUUCUUCUUACUCCUCACAUGGAAUUCGCCAAACACGUUUCAGAAUCACAUCCUGAUAUUGCUAGGCUGUUCAAUGUUUCCAAAUCUCACAACCAAGCUACUUAA